AUGAUGAAUAUCCGCCUUGAACUCGACGACUUGGCUAGAGUUCUAAGCACUUACGCUGGAAGGGACAAAGCUUUGCGAACACUGUGCUUUAUUCUUACUCUGAAAGCUCAGUCAUCAAAUAAUAAGAGCGACCUAUUAGCUCUUGCUAAGCAAUGUUCCGCUGCUCGUCUGGUACUGCGACAAUUCAACCAUCCUUCUAUGAUCAAAUCGGUCCGUCAACUGUUCAAUACUCGACCGUCUGAUCCAAUUGAUUAUGCAUGUUCGGCCACCGUAACCGGUGUGUACACAGUGUAUGGAGUAGUCGAACUUUUCGCCUGGCUAGCUGAUGCAAAAAUGGUGUCUGCGGAUUCCGCACCGCUGUGGAGAUGGUGUUUAUAUCUUUGGAUUGUUGCUCUUAUUGCCGGAAUUGCUCGUCAAAUUCGUAUGAUUUACAAAAAAGGCUUAGAAAAGUCUAACGAAGAUUUACUUACUUUGGUAUCUCUUUCAAGUGAUUUUAUUGCGGCAAUUCAUUCCCUCCCUCAUAAAAUUCUGUGGUCUGGUAUGCUCACGCCUAGUCAGAGUGCCACAUUUUCACUUAUUGCUUCACUUAUUGGCUUUUAUAAGGUUUUCUGA